AUUGGCCCCAUACUUUUGAUUAAUCUCGCUCUGUAGAAACAGAGCACAAACUCUCGCGAUGUUUCCGUGCUUUGUGAACAGCCUCUUGGUCUGAACACAAAUAAGCUGCUUGCGCAUCUCAGCUGACGCGGCGGGAACGGGGAGAGCUCGAGACCCUGGCGGAGGGUGUCAACAUGGGGAAGUGGAGGUGGUUCCGUGUCUCUCUGGUUCUGGGUUCAGUCUUUAUGAUCCUGUUGAUUAUUCUCUACUGGGACGACGUUGGAGCCUCUCACCUCUACCUGCCCCCCCUCUCCCCCCCGGCCCGCCCCUCACCACACCCCCACACACCCAACCCCUCCUUCCUCUCCGACAUCAAUGCCUUCGUAAACCAGUUCCUGGAGGGAACCAAUGAUCCUACAGAUUCCGCCCCCCCAGACUCUGCCAACCAAUCAGAGCACGCUGAGGAGCGGUACGUUCCCCGGAGGGAGUGGAAAGUCCAUCUGACGCCCAUCGACCCCGAGAAGCGACUAGGACAGGAGAGAAGGCGGCAGCGUCUCCAUGACCUCUGUCACCAUGGUGAUGACCUGGCUUUUCCGGGGAAGAACCGUUCGUUUGACGACAUACCCAACAGGGAGCUGGAUCACCUGAUCGUCGACGACCGCCACGGUAUCAUAUACUGCUACGUCCCCAAGGUGGCGUGUAGUAACUGGAAGAGGAUCAUGAUCGUGCUCAGUGAGAGUCUGCUCCAGGAGGGAGUUCCGUACAGGGACCCUCUGGCGGUUCCUCAGGAGAUGGUCCACAACAGCAGCCUCCACUUCACCUUCAACAAGUUCUGGAAACGCUACGGGAAGUUCUCACGACACCUGAUGAAGGUGAAGCUCCAGAAGUACACUAAGUUCCUGUUCGUCAGAGAUCCGUUCGUCCGCCUCAUCUCAGCGUAUCGGAACAAGUUUGAGCAGCCCAACGAGGAGUUCUACCGCCGAUUCGCUCUGCUCAUGCUCCGUCGCUAUGGUAACCACUCUGAACCUCCCGCGGCAGUGGGCGACGCGUUUCCUGCGGGAAUCCGCCCCUCCUUCUCAGAGUUCGUCCAAUACCUACUGGACCCCAAGACGGAGAGCGACGCCCCCUUCAACGAGCACUGGAGACAGGUCUACCGGCUAUGCCACCCCUGUCAAAUACAGUAUGACUUUGUGGGUCAGCUGGAGACGGUUGAGGAGGAUGCUGAACAGCUGCUGAGGGUUUUGAAGGUGGACAACGUGGUUGACUUCCCUCCCUCUCACAGGAACCACACGGCCAGCAGCUGGCAGGAGGACUGGUUCAGCAGGGUGCCCCUAGUGGCCAGGAGGGGUCUCUACAGGCUGUAUGAACCAGACUUCAGACUGUUUGGCUACUCCAGACCAGACUCCCUGCUAGACUGACUGACUACAACUACACUCAGAAAAAAUGGCUUUUCUAAAAGGGCUCUUUUCUUGUCUCCAUAGGAGAACCCUUUUUGGUCCCAGGUAUAACUUUUUGGUGGUGAAACAGGUUCUACUUAGAACCUUUUUAGUGAUAAAACUGUUCCACGUAGAACCUUGAAUUAAUUAAACCGUUCUACUUGGAACCAAAAAUAGCUAUUGUCAGUGGGUUCUCCUAUGGGGAAAAUCGAAGAAUCCUUUAUGGUUCCAGGUUGUACAUUAUUUUCUAAGACCAGCCAGACCAGUGCUGCAU